CACGCAUUUGCGCCUCUGGAUUCUGCAAUAUUUUUAAUCUGUAAUUAUUUUGAACUAAAACUGGAUUACGGUAAUCUGCUAUCUGUGGAUAGUUUACACUUUCCUCAGCCUCACUUGUCAUUAAAAGCCCUGCAGGGAUUUAUAUGCGUGACCACAUGGAUUUCAGUUUUCCGCAUCCCACGCGUGGAGAGAAAGUGCAGGUAGAUGAAGGCGGACUUAAGAACGUGUCUUGUGCAAAAGGUGGAGUUCACGUUUCCCUCAGGCCAUUUUUCCUCAUUGGUUAGCUGAAAAGAGUGAUUUAAAUAUGGGGGGAGUGUCCAGAGGGAGGCUGGAAUGAAUGAGUUUUUCAAGUCAGACAGCCAUGAGACAUUACACUCAGCAGAGGUCUGCACUGCCCAAAAUGCUUGACUCAACUAUACAACUUGUUCCACUUUAAGAGAGAAACAAGACCUGGAAUAUUGGACACAAACAUGCCUGGGAAACUCCUUAACAAAAGAGGAGGAUUAUGGGGAUUAUUCUUCCUCCUGCUUUACAACAGCCCACUGCCUUGCCAGGCAAAUUUCAGCCAAGCUAAAGAGGUUGUCUACAGAAUAAAGGAAGGAUUACCAAGGGAGACUUUCAUAGGGGCCAUUGGAGUGGACUUAAAAUUGGAUUUAACUGUUGACCCACCUUAUUUAUUCAGCCUGCCACAAAAGACGUCAAGUGAAGAGUAUGUGACCCUCAACAGUUCCACUGGAGAGUUCUUCACAUCACCAAAAGAGAUUGACAGGGAGACACUGUGUCCCCAUUACUUGGUAGGACAGCCAUGUGUCCUGUCUUUGGACGUCUUUGUGUUGCCUCAGCAGUACUUUCAGCUUGUGAAAGUCAAGAUCAUCAUCGAGGAUGUGAACGAUAACAGACCAAAGUUCCCUGUGGACGAGAUAUUUAUAUCUGUACCUGAAAACACACAGAUCAACACUCGAUUUGCAGUGGAGCAGUCGGCAGUUGACCCCGACCUUGGUUUGUUUGGCGUGCAGACCUACUGGUUGGUAAAUGACUUUGGUGUUUUCACACUGGACGUGGAAGAGAACGAUGGAGGAGAAUUAACGCCUUUCCUCAUUGUGACUGAGGCACUGGACAGAGAGACACAGGCUGAGUACGUCACUGACAUUAUAGCGGAAGAUGGUGGGACUCCUCCUUUACUUGGUGCUGCAACUUUAAAAAUCCUCAUCAUGGAUGUGAACGACAACUGUCCCAAAUUCAGAGAGACCCACGUCAACGUCACUCUGCACGGGAACACCACCAAAGGGGUGCUUUUGGCACGACUUCAUGCUUCUGACCCUGACCUCGGAGAUAAUGCGCAGAUCAGCUAUGCUUACAGUGACCGUGUGCCAAGAGACACGAGGAGCUUGUUCCAUUUGGACAAAAUCACGGGUGCAAUCCAGCUAGCAAGGAACAUUGACACAAGCACCGCCUUGUUCUACAAACUCACAGUGCUGGCCAACGGACCAGGUUGUAUUCCGGCUGUUGCCACUGUAACUGUACGUGUCAUUAAAAUUGCAACUGGGCCGCCCGCUUUAAUACCCCGUUACAUUGCUCCAGAAAAAGAUGGUGUCCUGACCAUUAAGGAGUCGGAGCCAGCAUUCUCUCCAAUUGCUUUUUUCACUGUCAAAAACAUUGAUACUAACCAGAAGGUGGAGUGCUACCUGGAAGGCAAGGGUCCUUUCAAGCUUGGCCCAUACCAGCUUUUCAAACAUGAAUUUCUUUUGGAAACCUCAGAACCACUGGACUAUGAGAAGGAACAAAACUAUGAUCUCAUUGUGGUUGCAAAGAAUACCCAAGGGGUUGUUAUCAAGACCUUCCUUAAGGUGGAGGUAUUGGAUGAAAAUGACAAUGCUCCAGUUUUCCGGCAGUCUCUAGUGGAGGUAUCCAUUGAGGAGAACAAUCCACCGAAUGUCUACCUGGCUCAGCUACAGGCAACGGAUCAGGACAGCGGAAACCGAGGGGAAGUGAUGUAUCUUCUUGGAGGAGAUGCCCCGGGAGUGUUUGCUGUGGAUCAUGUUUCAGGCGUCCUCACCGUGACGACAUCACUGGACCGUGAGGACAAAGAAACGUACCGCUUCAUAGUGCGCGCAGUCGACAAGGGGACACCCAGGAUGGAGUCAAUUGCAACAGUGGUGGUGACUGUCCAGGACCGCAAUGACAACAGUCCACGCUUCAUCAAUAAAGACUUCACUUUCUUUGUGCCAGAGAAUUUCCCUGGCUACGGCGAGAUCGGGGUUCUGUCGGUGAUGGACCCUGAUGCCGGAGAGAAUGGCUGGGUUGCGCUCUCGAUUCUUAACGGCAGCGAUGUCUUUAUGAUCGACACUGGCCGAGGCACAUUGAGAGCAAAGACCACACUGGACAGGGAGCAGCAGGGAACCUACCAGCUGUGGGUGGAGGCUGUUGAUGGUGGGGAUCCUGUGCAAUCCUGUGUGGCGAUGGUAACCGUACUGCUGCUGGACGUGAAUGACAAUCCUCCUAUUGUUCUCUUUCCCCAAUCCAAUCAGUCAUACAUGCUUGUGUUACCCAAUACCCUGCCAGGGACAUCAAUCACAGAGGUGUACGCUGUGGAUAAAGACACAGGCAUGAACGCUGUUAUCGCGUAUAGCAUAAUUAAAAGAAAAGGCGGAGAGUCCGGAUCAUUUGCCAUUGACCCGGAAACAGGUAACAUUACAUUGAAGCGGGAGCUCAGUGGCCGCGGCCUUUAUAGCCUCCUGGUAAAGGUUAGCGACCACGGUCAACCAGAGCCCCUUUACUCCACUGUCAUGGUUAACUUCUUCGUCAAUGAAACGGUGAGCAAUGAAAGCUACAUCCUGAGCUUGCUGACCAGAGAGGCCGACAUUGAGAUAGAGGAGAGGCCCUGGUACAUAGGUCAGGUCAGAGAGGGGCCUGAGAGGCACGGACUGUUCCCUUGUAAAUCUGCCCUUAUCGCACUCUCGGUCACAUGUCUGAGCCUCUUCAUCACAGUCGCCGCACUGACUUCAUACAUAUGCUGCCAGCGGCGUAAGAAGCAUAAGAAAAGAUCAGAGUUGGAAAUACCUUUAAAGAUGAAAAAUGAAUCAAUGCAGGCCAUGAACAGGAAGCUCAGACAGAUCUCAAACAUUUGACAAUCACCCAUUUAUAAACUGUCACCUCUGUUUACAUGAAUGUUUACAAAACUCAAGUGUAUUUUUUUUUGUGGGAGGCUUUCUUAUUCAACAAGAAUUCUCCAACAAGACUAAAAAAACGUUUAACCCCAUUCAUAUUUCAAUAUUGACAGGCAUGAUUUUCUUCAAGCCAAAGCCAGAAGGAAUAGCUAACACUGGUGACGUUAACUGAAGAAAAGGUAAGCUGAAAAGGAAAUGUCAACACAAGACGUGUCUCUAUAUAUAUGGUAACUUCCAGGAUGAAUUGAAAUUAAAAACAACAUUCUCGUACUUCUGUUAAAAUGGAAUUAAACUUGUGAACUGUGAAUCUUUGACAAACAAAAUUAGAUGUGAUUUGAAAAUCUGUGUAAACAGAUACAUUGUACAAACAUAACAUUCUGCAAAAUUUUAAAAAAGACACUGAGCCUGUUUGACUUUCUAACAGGACAAGUGUCGUUUAAAUAUUUCAAUAAUGCAAAUUACUAGUACCUAAGUAAUGUUAGGCCAAUUACAAAGGUGGUUGUGCAAUGUAAAUGAAUACUACAUGUUUAAAGGUCACACUCAACUCUUUUUUUUUCUCGUAUGUCACCAAACUGCUCACAUCACUGAUCUUUUUUUUUUUUUUUUUUACGGAUAUAAUGUGAUUGCAACACAUGCUGGAGUUUGUGAAAGAAGUGUGAACAUA